AUGGAUUUAUUAGUGGAGAUAUUGCAAAAUGGAACUGGUGAAUUACUGGAGAAUGCAGUGUUUGUGGUGAGCUGCAUUGCUGGCUGCGGCAGACGCUACAGUAGCGCUAUCGGAGUGGGUCCGCUCUUGAAACACGCCAGGAAAGUGAUCAAACAAGAAGGAGGGAUCAAAGUGCUCAAAGCUCUUUCCCGUCGUGGAACGAGUUACCAGAAACGUACUGCAGCGGAAACGCUAUCCAUUUUGGACAGAAGUUGCCACCCCAUGAAGAAACGGGCUCGUCAUGGCAAGACGAGAAAAAGCUACGCGCAGUGGAAAAGUUCUCGUAAGUUAUUUGUUGCUACUGUGAAUUUUACCAAUCGACAUUACUACUUUUUGGUUGUGUCAAUAAUGGCGAUUGCUGCGCAGUAUGCGCUUCACGAUCUCUAA